CAUUUUACGUUCCUCGUUUUCUCUCUAAGCAGUCACUUACCCCUUGCCGUUCUCUCAUCGAUCAACUAAUGGCUGAACGUGGUGGCGGAGACCGUGGUGGCUUUGGCCGGGGCUUCGGAGGUCGUGGCCGCGGCGACAGGGGUCGCGGUGGCAGGCGGAGGACCUCCGGACGCCGCGAAGAAGAGGAGAAGUGGGUCCCAGUGACGAAGCUGGGCCGUCUGGUGAAAGAAGGAAAGAUCCGAAGUCUGGAGCAGAUCUAUCUGCAUUCUCUCCCAAUCAAGGAAUAUCAAAUAAUCGACACUUUGGUUGGUCCCUCUCUCAAGGACGAAGUUAUGAAGAUAACUCCGGUUCAGAAGCAGACCCGUGCUGGUCAGCGAACCCGGUUCAAGGCCUUCGUUGUUGUGGGCGAUAGCAACGGUCACGUUGGCCUUGGAGUCAAGUGCAGCAAGGAGGUUGCCACCGCCAUUCGCGGUGCUAUCAUCUUGGCGAAGCUCUCCGUCAUUCCUGUUAGGAGAGGCUACUGGGGAAACAAGAUCGGGAAGCCCCAUACUGUUCCCUGCAAGGUAACAGGGAAAUGUGGUUCCGUAACCGUUCGCAUGGUUCCCGCUCCACGUGGUUCUGGAAUCGUUGCUGCUAGGGUUCCUAAGAAAGUUUUGCAGUUUGCAGGGAUUGAUGACGUCUUCACUUCCUCCAGAGGAUCCACAAAAACCCUUGGAAAUUUCGUCAAGGCUACUUUUGAGUGUCUGCUGAAAACAUACGGGUUUCUAACUCCGGAGUUCUGGAGAGAGACUAGGUUUUCUAAGUCUCCAUUCCAAGAGUACACAGAUCUAUUGGCAAAACCAACGGGAAAGGCCCUGAUUCUGGAGGAGGAAAGGGUGGAAGCUUGAGCUAGCAGAUUUGAUGUUAUGAGAUGAUUGUGUGCCUUAAGCAUGCCAGGAACUAGUAAUUAUGUUUUCUUGCUUAUGUUGUUUCCAUUUGUAUUGAGGGAACUUUUAUAUCUUUAUGCUUUUUGUUGUUUUCAAGUUUAGUUGAUUGGAUAUUUAACAAGUUUCAAAUACCAAAUAUUUCUACCUGAUGCACUUGGCUGUCGUAACUAGUGACUGGUGGCAUAACGCAGAGAAAAACAAAUGUGCUUCUGUUUUGAUAAAAUGAAUGAGAGUUGAGAACAUGUAUCU